CAACUCCCAGACAAGACGACAAGUUCUCUAGGUGCGUCUCACACUCAACUGUUCCCAGAGCCCCCUGCUGCGUGUCUCGGAGGGCCUGUGUGGGCUGACCGCUCACCGCCCCAGUUGUCGAUCCAAGAGAGUGAGAGACCGUUGUAACUGGUUUUGGUCGCGGAGGUCAACGUCGCCAAGAUGAGCGCGGCGCAGGCAAACGACGCGGAGAAGAAUAUUGAAAUAUGGAAGGUGAAAAAACUGAUUAAGCGCCUUGAGGCGGCGCGUGGAAACGGAACGUCCAUGAUUUCGUUGAUUAUCCCUCCAAAGGAUCAGGUUUCCCGCGCAGCCAAGAUGUUGGCUGAAGAAUUUGGAACUGCUUCCAACAUCAAGUCUCGUGUUAACCGUCUAUCGGUCCUUUCAGCCAUUACGUCAACCCAGCAACGCCUUAAGCUAUACAACAAGGUGCCUCCAAAUGGCCUUGUUAUCUACUGUGGUGAAAUUAUCACAUCUGAAGGAAAGGAACGCAAGAUCAACAUCGACUUUGAACCGUUCAAACCCAUCAACACGUCCCUCUACCUCUGUGAUAACAAGUUUCAUACCGAAGCCUUGAGCGAAUUGCUCGAGUCUGAUCAAAAGUUCGGCUUUAUUAUCAUGGACGGUAAUGGUGCUCUUUUCGGUACCCUGAGCGGGAAUACCAGAGAUGUGCUCCACAAGUUCUCUGUUGACUUGCCCAAGAAGCAUUCUCGCGGUGGACAGUCUGCUCUACGUUUCUCUCGUCUUCGAGAAGAACGUCGUCACAACUACGUCCGGAAGGUUGCUGAACUGGCGGUGCAGAACUUCAUCACCAACGACAAAGUUAACGUCGGUGGUCUGGUCCUCGCGGGUUCCGCCGACUUCAAGAAUGAUCUCAACCAGUCAGACAUGUUCGAUAAUCGCCUUCAAGCAAAGGUCAUCAAGGUUGUCGAUGUGUCCUAUGGUGGAGAGAAUGGAUUCAACCAGGCCAUCGAAUUGGCUGCGGAGACUUUGGGCAAUGUCAAGUUCAUUCAAGAAAAGAAGCUCAUCGGAAAGUACUUCGAAGAAAUCAGCCAAGACACCGGCCGAGUUUGCUAUGGUGUCGAAGAUACCUUGAAGGCUUUGGAGCUUGGUGCUGCAGAGACAUUGAUUGUCUAUGAGAACUUGGACGUUACUCGCUGGUCUCUUAAGUCUUCCUCUGGCACCGAGAUUGUCCUUCACACCACCAAAAUUCAAGAAGCCAACAGAGAGAUGUUCAUGGAUAAGGAUACCGGUCAAGAAAUGGAAAUUGUCGAGCAAGGCCCUCUUCUUGAAUGGCUCGCUGAUAAGUAUAAAGAGUUCGGCGCGACCUUGGAGUUCGUUUCCGACAAAUCCACAGAAGGAAACCAGUUCGUGAAGGGCUUUGGUGGAAUCGGAGCGAUCCUUCGGUAUAAGGUCAAUUUUGAACAACUUGCUGAUUAUUCUGAUGACGAGGAUGAAUUCUAUGACGAUUGACGGUAUGGCGACCUCGCAGAGAGCGAGGAUGGUAGCCCAGAAAUCCAAUCGGCGGAUAUUCUGACGGCGCGCCCGUCGUGUCGUGAAGAUGGCGUUAAUGGGUAUUCCAAUGAAACCGCCGUUCGGACCCCGAGUCCUGUUUCCCGGGCUUGCCCUAAGCUCCUUAGAG